AUGUCACUCAACCGCAUCUCCUUCCUCGAAGGAUGGGAGCGCAACCCCGCAGCCUUUCUCACUCACCCCGAGUCGGAGGAUUCGGAUCCGGACUCCUACCAGGAUUUGCCCGAGGGAUCCAUGUCGUCUUCAUUUCCCUCCACAUACAGCAGACUAAAUUUCAACCCGUAUGCGGGGCCAGGCUGGAAUGAGAGUCCAGAGGAUCCACACGACGAUCGAUCCUCGUUUGUCGGGCCCUCAUCUCUCGGGCUAUCUCCGACGACCACCCGUGAAGCAGGUGCGAGUUCGGGUUCAGUAAAGGGGCUCGGAUCUGUUGAACGAAGUGUCCACGAGGAUUCAGGGACGACCGUUGCUCAGACGCCGCCUUGGGCAGAUACUACUGGUGCUUAUGAAGUCAGCGCGGCUAGGAGGAUUGCCCAGGUUUGCACGGCAGUUGUAUACUGCUUUCUAGCUGCCGGGGUUGUUUUCGGCUUUGCAGCUCUCAAGCCUGUUCUUAUCCGCGAGAAAGUAUAUCGCAACCUCUGCUCCCAGGCGGAGCUUGAGGAAGAUAUCGAUGUUUGCUAUGGGCAGGAGAUCAGGCUAAACCUGAUGUUUACUAUCGCCGCUGUAGUAACCAAUAUCUCAGCCCUACCCGUAGGAACAAUCCUAGAUGCGUAUGGACCACGAGUUAGUGGCAUCAUCGGCAGUAUCUGUCUUGCCAUAGGAGCGGCACUAUUCGGCACAGCCAACAAGCUUCCAUUCGAUGGGUACAUCCCGGGGUACUUAUUCCUAGCAUUGGGCGGACCAUUCGUAUUCAUCCCAUCUUUUCAACUAUCAAAUACGUUCCCCAAACGAUCAGGUCUGAUCCUCUCAAUGCUGACAGGCGCUUUCGAUGCCUCGAGUGCCCUAUUCCUACUUUUCAGGCUGUUAAGUGAACAAACCGAGGAUCUCGUAUCAAUCAACAAUUUCUUCGUGGCGUAUCUCAUCGUGCCGGUAUUUAUCAUCGCAGCACAAAUCUUUAUAAUGCCAUCAACAUCCUACAAAACUGCCGGCGAGCUCGUGCAACAAGCCGAAGCGCAGGUCGAAGACGAGAUCCAUGAUCGCAUAGACGACACCGUCAACGAUCGCAGUGAGGGCGCGCGCCAGCGUAUAGACAGACGACUUCGUCGUCAAAGUAUCGUUGGCCACAUCCAAGAUCUCCUAGACGACGGCACAGCAUCCGUGAUAUCAGGCCAUACCAUUGACAACUCCGUCUUCCAGACCGAUAUCGACGCCUCACUAGACAUAGAUCCCACCACCAGAGGAAGCCACGGUACUACAACACCGCACUCCCACACGCACCACCAACCAACCAUCCUGAACCCACCACCAGGUGGAAUCUGGGGCGUUCUCCACGGCCACAGUGCCCUGUACCAACUACGCACACUAUGGUUUGGACUAAUCACCGCCUUCACUGUUCUGAUGAUGCUACGAAUAAACUACUUCGUAGCAACGCUACGCUCACAAUACACCUACCUCCUCUCGGCAGAGACAGCCGCACAAAUAAACACAACCUUCGACAUUCUCUUACCUGUCGGUGGACUCAUUUCCGUCCCAUUUAUCGGCACAUUCCUGGACAUAUUCCAGACGCGCACUGUCUUAUUUAUUCUUGUCGUGUCGGCGACCACUAUCGGCGUACUGGGGUGUAUACCGCAUCCAACGGCGGCAUAUGCGAACAUCAUUCUUUUCGUGUUAUACCGACCAUUCUAUUACACCGCCGUAUCGGACUACGCAGCGAAGGUGUUUGGAUUCGCGACGUUCGGGAAGGUGUAUGGGCUUAUUAUCUGUCUUGCCGGUGUUGGGAAUUUCACGCAGGCGGGUCUUGAUGCACUUACGUUGAGGGUGUGGAGGGGUGAUCCUGUGCCUGUUAACGUUGGGCUUACGCUGUUGGUUGCUGGGGUUGGAGGUGGGCUUGUUGGGUUCGUUGCUUAUCAAACUCGUGUUUUGGCGAAUGGGAGGAAGGGCGAUGGUGGACAGCAUCGGGGUGGGGAGAGAGAGCCGCUGUUGAGGAACGAGGAACACGGGAGAGGAUAUGGGGCAUGA